CAAAAUAGAAAACGGAAAAGGAACCAUGGCCUCAUAUCCAUCAGCGCGACCCACUACCAACGAACUCGCUCACGGCGCGAAGCAAUGUAUUGUCGAUGUAGAGCAAGGGCUGGCAGGCUAAUGAUGUGCAGUGCAAAGGAGGUGGUGCUGCUGACCCAGGCGCGCACGUUAGCUUCACCCACCGCCCCGUUAUCGCGUCCCGCUAACGUACGCCCAUCACCGGAUCCUAACCGCUCCAUGGUAACCAUGACCACGACCAACGAUCCUCUCGAGGUCGAAGCCAUAUUUCAGCAAAAAUGGUCGCUUCGCUCCAAAAUACGCAAGGAGCUCAAGAACAUGGACCCAAUCCGGAGAUCCGAGGAAGAUAAUGCAAUUCAGAGAAUUGUUUUGGGAGCUCCGUGGUUUAAGGCUAGUAAGAGUUUGUGUGCUUAUAUAAGCUCUGCCGCUUUACGAGAAGUCGAUACAUCAAGAAUUGUGUCAGAGGUUUUAUCCAAACCAAUCGAAGUUCAGAAAAAGCUUUAUGUUCCACGUGUGGAGGAAAGGAAUAGCAACAUGAGAAUGCUCAGGAUUACCAAUGUUGAUGAUCUGAUUGCAAAUUCGAUGCACAUAUUGGAACCAUCUCUAGUAGAUUCUGAUGGGAAACAACGUGAAGAUGUUAUGGAGGUAAGCGAUCCAGUUGACUUGUUCAUCCUACCUGGGCUUGCAUUUGACAGAUCUGGAAGACGUUUGGGCCGUGGUGGGGGUUACUAUGAUAUAUUUCUGAAGAAAUACCAAGAGCAUGCAAUGGAGCGGAAAUGGAAGCAUCCUCUCCUUGUUGCACUAUCAUAUUCUCUGCAGAUCAUAGAUGAAGGAGCUAUAGCUGUCACUUCCAAUGAUUUUCCUGUGGAUGCUCUUGUAACCCCUGCUGGUUACUUACCCAUAAGCUCGGCUGCUUUGGAAAGGGGAAAAUGAAAAGAAAGCUCUCUUUUCUGCAACGUAUGAAGAAAAUUUGUCUCACGUCUUCACUAGAAGCUGGUAUCCUUUUAAAUUGAAGCAUGGGAAGUAAUUUCUAAUUUCAGUGCAUUCUUAAAUUAGUGCUGCUCGGCAAUUUCCAGGAUGGAAACUAAUAUGGAUCUGUCCGUUUCGCAUGCCUCCGUUGAAGUUGUAUAAUAAUCUUAAAUUAGAUUCAACUACUCUAGUUUGUAAGUAUAGUUUUGGCUGCUCAUUUGUGUUCUACAGUUUUUUUAAAUUUUAUAAUGCUGUAUAAAAGAUUUGAGAUUAAAUCUCUUAUUGUGUGGUUUUAGAUCCAAUAAAUAUUUAAUUAAAAA